GGCUCAGGGAUUGCUGGAUUCAGCCGGGAGAAAGGGAAAGUGAACAGACAGAAUCACAGCUGGGAAUUAAAAAGAAUUCUACAAAAUUUUGGAAUAUGGACAAGUGAGGCCGGAGAAAAGGACAAUGAGUCGGGGGGGGGGGGUGAGGGCUGCUCCGAAUUUGGGAUUUAGUCACCAGGAAAGAUCCAGGAUCUGCACUCGGCAGGGUGUGUAUUGAACUCUCACCGGGAUUCACUGGCUGAUUCUCCUACACACACUCUUACAGGAAAGGGAAUGAGACAAAUGUAACAUCUCGUUUGGACUGAACUCAAAGCAACGGAGUGUUUACCUUUUGGACAAUGCAGAUCCUAAUCUUAUAUCCUGUUGGGAGCUUGGAUGUUUUUAAGGACUCCAGAAUGAAUAAUGCAGACGUGUUUGUGACUGGCGGGGAAGCAGGGGUCUUCAUGGCGAGGGUUCCCAAACAACGCUGCCUUUCUGCCUUGGACCCGCGGAUACCCAGUGAGGAGGAUUUACACAGUGAGGAGCUGGAUGGAUUCAUUGCAGUCCCAUUGCGGAGGUCCUGCCGCCUUCGAUCAUCCCUGCACUCGAUGGACGCAUUCCGCAGACACAGCUGGGAGCCAGGGAAGAGACUGCAAGAAAUGGAGGCAGACUAUGAGGAACUCAGCCAGAGUUUAAAGGGUCUGGACGCAGAGGAGAUAGAGGGGAAUAUGGGCAACAGGAGAGACCCCCGUCGUACUCCAAUUAUCAGCAGUACGGACGAGCUGGAGUCUUGGCUUUCUACACGAGGGGAAGAUCUGGAAGUGACACAGGAGGAACACGCAAAGAGGCUCCAGGCGUAUCUCUCCUCCCAGCACUAUCUGUACAACCCUCUGUCCAAAUCCGUCUCAAUGUCCGGCAUUGACCGCACCUUCUGCUACCCCGAUGAUGUGACUUUCUAUUCCCAAGGGAGAAACCUGUCCAACGGUGCCUUGAGCUGCGGAGAUUUUGAUGGUUUGGAGACGGAUGAGAAGGAGAACAGAGAAAAGGAAGAUUCUCCUCUAGGGAGGACUCUGAGCUUCAUCCGAAAAAUGGCUGGUGGGAAAUCCAAGAAUAAAGAGAAAGAGAAGAUGAAGGAUUCCAAGGAGAAGGACCCCCGCUACACCAAUGGACACCUGUUCACCACCAUCACCGUGUCUGGGACCACCAUGUGUUUUGUGUGUAACAAGAGUAUAACUGCUAAAGAAGCGCUGAUUUGUCCCACCUGUAGCGUCUCCAUACACAACCGCUGCAAAGAUGCGCUGCCCAGCUGCACCAAGGUCAAACAGAAACAACAGAAAACAGCUUUUCUGAAGAACAAUUCGGCCCUGCAGAACGUCUCCCUGAGAAACAAAAGCACGACCCUUAGAGAACGUCCCAAUUCAGCCAUUUACCCCUCCGACAGCCUUCGUCACUCCAUCCUGGGCUCCCGCAGGGGCCGAUCAUCUUUAUCUCUGUCUAAAAGUGUCUCCACCACCAACAUCGCAGGGAAUCUGAACGAUGAGAGCCCACUGGGAAUCCGCAGGAUCCUCUCCCAAUCCACCGACUCGCUUAAUAUGCGGAACCGGACCCUCUCCGUGGAGUCGCUCAUCGAUGAAGGGGCCGAGGUUGUAUACAGUCAGCUCAUGAGCGACUUCGCCACCGAGGAGAAGGAAUUUGAGGCUGAUUCCUGGAGUCUGGCGGUGGAUAAUAACUACCUCCAGCAGCACAAGAAGGACGUCAUGAAGCGGCAGGACGUUAUAUACGAGCUGAUUCAGACGGAGGUCCACCACGUGCGCACCCUCAAGAUCAUGACCAACAUAUUCCAGAAGGGAAUGCUGGAGGAUCUGCAGAUGGACCCGGCGCUGGUCAAUAAGAUGUUCCCUUGCGUUGAUGAACUUAGUGACAUUCACAUCCGUUUCCUCAUUCAGCUCCUGGAGAGGCGCAAGGACUCGUUGGCGUCCGACAGCAACAAGAACUUUGUCAUCAACAAGUUGGGGGAUAUCCUCAUUAACCAGUUUUCAGGCACCAAUGGCGAACGCCUGAAGAAAACCUACACCGAAUUCGCAAGCCAACAUCAUAAGGCCAUGAAGCUCUACAAAGAACUCUUUUCUAGGGAUAAGAAGUUCCAGCAGAUGAUACGGAAAAUGACCCGCUCCCCACUGCUGCGCAGACAUGGAGUACAGGAGUGCAUCUUGUUGGUGACGCAAAGGAUCACCAAGUACCCUGUCCUCAUUGACCGAAUUCUUCAGAACUCUAAAGGUGAUGAGGAGGAGCACCAGGAUUUGGCCGAAUCCCUGCGACUGUUGAAGGACCUGAUUUCAACAAUAGACCAAGAUGUGCACAACCUGGAAAAGAACUUGCGCCUGCAGGAGAUCUACCAACGGAUAGACAGCAAGUCUGUGGCUCUGGUGGGUGGAGACCCCUUUAGCAAAGAGGAGCUGCUGAGAAGGAAACUGAUCCACGAGGGGUCGUUGCUGUGGAAAACAGCUGCCGGGCGCUUCAAAGAUGUCAUCAUGCUGCUAAUGACAGACACUAUGAUUCUGCUUCAAGAGAAAGACCAGAAAUAUUAUUUCCCAACACUGGAUAAGUCUCCUGUCAUCAGUCUGCAAAACCUGAUUGUCCGAGACAUUGCCAACCAAGAGAAAGGCAUGUUCCUAAUAAGCGCCAAGCCCCCUGAGAUGUAUGAGGUUCAUGCCGCCUCCCGGGAGGUGCGCAACACAUGGAUGAAGCACAUUGCGCAAUCAGUCAAAGUGUGCCCAAAACGUGAGGAAUUUCCUUUGAUCGAGACAGAAGUAGAGGCAAAACUCAGGAAGCUGAGAGAGGUCAUCCAGCAGAAGGACAGAGAGGUGGCUGAACUCCUGGAGGAGAAGGUGACACUCUUUUCCAAAGUGGUGCAACUGCAGGAAGGCGAAAAUUCCUCACUGACGGGCGUCAGUACCCGGUGCCUCUUCCGAACGGACUCGAUGGACAGUUACAGAGGAGAGAAGUUGAUCAGCGAGGCUAUCAAAGAAGUGGAAGCCCUGAAAGACGUGAUCGUUGGGUCCGCGAGCGAACUGCCUCUUCUAAGGACAGAACAGAACCAGACGUCAGAUACGUCCCACAGCCGAUCCAGAGAUUCAACACACACAAACACCAUCAACGGCUCCUGUGAUCUCGGCAAGGACGACGACCCGAAGGACCGGAAUGGGAAUCAGGUCCAAAACAAAAGCCCUCACGAGGAGGCCCUACAGAGGAUUGUCAAUAUCUACAGCUUUCUACAUAGGCUGCAGGCGCUGGUCAUACAACAGGACACGCUACAAGACACGCCAAUGCAGGACGUCAGCGACAAAAAGGAACGCCUGUGCCGGAGCAACUCUCGGGAUCCAAUUCUGGUAGAGCCCUUAUCCAAGACGGUGGAGAAACAGACGGAUCUGACCCUGUUGCAGCGCCAGCACACGCUGUUGCAGGAGGAGCUGCGCAGGUGCCGGCGGCAGUGCGAGGAGAGGGCGCAGGAGGCGGGGUUACUGGAGACCAGGUUGAGGGAGAGCGAGCAGAACAGGGGAAAACUGGAGCGGGAGUUAGAGGAUGGAAAGAGGCAGCUGUCCCUCCUGAGAGAGAAAAGUGAUGCAGGACUGGAGGUCUCCAGGACCCCUAAAGUGUUGGAUCCUCGUAGGCGGAGCUUGCCGGCGGGAGAUGCCCUGUAUCAGACAUUCACUCCUCCCCAGAUCCACAUGGAGCGAAGGCUCCCGUUGGUUCUAGAUGGCCCCGUCCCCAUCAUCACUCUGCAGGACGACUCCGAUCUUAAAGACGACUUCAGUGAUCUGACGGAGCUUGAGAAACUACCGGCCGACACAGAAUGGACAGAGGAGGAGGGCGGGGGGCCUCCAGCUUCUCCCUCCAGUACACGAGAAUUCCAGAGAAUGCAGGACAUUCCAGAAGAAGCAGAGAGUGUUCAGGAGCUGAAAGGGUUGAAUCGGGGAUCCUCGGAGAGUUAAAGAUGCGGCAGUGCGUCAGGACUGGGCUCCCCACUACAGACAUGAGACGGACGCGCUGCUCUAUGAAACACUUUCUGGGGAGCAGUGAGAGGAGGGGGGCCUUUACUAGUCACACUCUGUACCCCACUAGUGUGGCCAGCGACUGGGACCCGAGGGCUGCUACGUGUAAACUGGCCCAGUCAUUGGGAUUUGGGGCAACUCCUCUAAACAAGGCUGGAGCAGGCAGAUCUGCCCAAAGACUUUUUAUUCAAUGAAUAUCAGACUUUUUUUUUUUUUCAAAACCUUGAUGUAAGAAGACGUUUAUAAUCACAGUAUCACUACAAUUUAUACGGCUGCAGUGUAACAUUGAAUUGAUUUGUACUUCUCUGUAGCUGCAAUCAAUAUGGCUGCUCCCACCCACGGGUGCAGGGAAUACUACAAACAGAUCACGGGACAGCGCUGCACAUAUUUGGGCGACAGUCACCCGUGCAGGCGCUUGGCCAACAUGGAAAGAAUAAGGUUUAAAUUUAGGCUUCGCAAAUCCACAUCCCUCAUUGCCCCCCCCCUUACCUGCCCCGCAUCCUCCUUAUUUAUUUAUAGUUUUAAUUAAAAAGUAACAAUUUUAAAUUAUAUUUCUUUUUUUCCCUCUUUUACAUUCCCAAAUGAUGCGCCCACCCCCACCCUGCUGCGAUGUCUUUCAUUUGAAGACUGGUGCAUCUUCCAGCUGCAGGCUCUUGGGGGUUAAUCUGUAUUAAAUGAUCGAGGGCGGGACGUAUAGUUCAACUAUGGCAGAAACCUCUCCGAGCGGCUGAUAAUUCUGACCACCAGGGGGAGCUCUCAGAAGAGUAUUAGGGGCCCGGUAUGUUCCUUCUGUACAAUCAGGUUAUGGCCACCAGGUGUCACCAUUUACAUUCUAUGGAAAACAAGUGAUACCAUGAAGGAUUCUGGGGGUUGUAGUUCAACACAGAGCAAGCUCAUCAUUGUGAUUGGGUGCAUUCCUUGCAAGGCUGCUGUACACUAACCCCCACCCGUAUAAUGCAACCUCCCCCCAAAUAGCUCUGCAGUGUAUUUAUAUUUUGUACGGACGGAUCUUCUGUAAAUAUGUGAUCUGGAGCAGUGAAUUCUGCUCAAUAAGUGUAGAUAUAUUUGUAUUAUUAUUGUUGUUCUUGCCUUGUUUUCACUCAUCAGAAUCUUAUUUGUGUCAUAGUCAUUUACCCAUCAUGCCCUGCAUGCAAGCCCACUUCUAAGUGUAUCUCAGUACUUACCCAGGUACAGAGCUCUAAUGUUUUUGUACUACAUGCUCCUGGGCUGUUCUCUUUCCCAUGGUCAGGCAGGAACCUCCCUCUUGCUAUGUAAAGCCAACCUCCCCAAAACUUACCCAACUACAGAGCUCUGAUUCUCUGUACUUCCUGCUCCUGGGCUGUUCUCUUUCCCAUGGUCAGACAGGAACCUCCCCCUGGGUAAGUGAAUCCAAUCUCCCCCAGUACUUACCCAGGUACAGAGCUCUGAUUCUCUGUACUUCCUGCUCCUGGGCUGUUCUCUUUCCCAUGGUCAGACAGGAACCUCCCCUGAGUCAAUGAAUCCAAUCUCAUGCCAGUACUUAUAGUACAAGAAUUGGCAGCCCUAUGCCCUCGGCUCAAUCAGAGAGCCCUGGUUGCGUUUAGGAGAAGCCCAUCAGUGGGAGGAGCUUGUACAUACACACAAUUUCAUGUAAAUACUUUUAAAAACUUUAUAUUUUGCUUUCUGGUCAAUAAACUGUAUUGAUACUG